AGUAUGCGUAUGAGUUAUAUAAGAGUAGAUUAAAUACUUAAUCAACUUUAAAGUUUAGCGGAGAAAUGAUGUCCGUUUAAAGUUAUUUAUAUGAAUAAGCUCAUUUAAAGGAAGAGGCCUCAAAAAAAGAGUUUAUAAGAUAAAUCAGGAAUGUCAUUGACAAUCUUGAAAAGAGUAAGAGCUUUAAGUAAUUAAAUUAAUAACUCUCAAAAUUGAUAGUUGGAUUAGGGACAUGCAUAAAUUAAUAGGAAGUAUCAAAUUAGAUAAUAUAAUUAAUUUAAAUGAUUAGAGAUAUUGUUAAUAAUCAUUAAAAUACUAAAUAGAUUCAUUAUAAUAAGGAUAAGGCAAUAUUGAUUUAAAAAAUUCAUGAAUUAGAAUUAAAAGCAAAAGAAAAUUAAUAUUAAUAAGGUAUUAUAAUAAUCUAUUAUGUUUAGAAUUAUAAAUAUAAAAUAUAGAAGCAUAAGAAAGGAUAAAAAAUUAUGAAAUAUAAUUAGAACAAAUAAAAUAAUCAAAAGAAUAAUAUCAAAAAAUUUAACCAUAAAAAUAAUAAAUGAAUAAUUAUGAAAAAUUACAAUUAAAAAAUCAAAUAUAAUAAAUGUAAUAAAAAAUUGAGACACUUUCAGAGAAAGAAAAAAAAUUAAUUUAAUUAGUAAAAGCAGUAAAAUCAAGAGGAAUUGAUAUUGAACUUAUCUACAAAAAUAUUAAUUAGAUUUCAAGUAGAAAUAGUAUAAUUACAAAUUAAAAGAAUGAAGAUUAAUUUCUAGAUAGUUCAUAUUCUGAUUUUGCAGAUAUUUCUUAAUUUGAUAUUGGUUAAAGUAGUAUUAAAAGAAACUAAAAAUUUUUAUUAGAUUGA